AUGGUUGAUGAAGGUGCUCGCCCGCUGUACGCUGUGUUGGGCAUUGCGCCAGAUGCUAGCGCCGACAACGUAAAGCAGGCUUAUCGACGAUUGGCUUUGCAGCAUCAUCCGGACAAAUGUCCGGAUCCGGCGAAGGCCGCAGAGACCGAGGCCGUCUUCGCCCGCAUCGCCUUUGCCUACGAGGUUCUUGGCGACUCCCAGCGCAGGAAGCGCUAUGACCUGACCGGAGAGCUACCGCAGAACGACACGGCUGCAGGCCGUUCUGCUCAAGAGACUUUCUUGAAAGAGUACAUGCAGACUGCUCCCAAGACUGCACGCGCAGCCACCCAGGCAGACUAUUCCCUUCACAGCUUGGACAAUUACGAGAUCCUGGAGGUCGAUGGAACAAAUGUCCCGUCGUACAUGCGAGAAAUCGUUGCAAGCGGUCUGGGAUACCUGGCCGCCGUGGUCGAAGGCAUGGAAGACAAAGAUGUUGUGCUGCUUCGGCACUUUGUGAUGGAUCAGAUGUACGCCUUGUUGGCCUACACUCCGCCCUUGGAUGCCGGUGCGUUCGGCGGAGACCGUGGAUAUGUCAUCACUUACUACGAUGCCCCACUGCAGGCUGGCAUCCAGCCAUCUUGGUCAGACCAGAACGGACCCGCAGGUCGUUCUGGUGUAGCCAGCAGCUCACUGGCGCAGCUUCGCGUCAUCGGCGACCAGGCGGUUGAACGGCGCCGCCUCGCCGCUUUGGAAUGGAGCGGCAAGGACAGACAUCCGGCUCCGGUCGCGCCUGUCAGACACAAAGUACCCGGCGAGGGUUUGACGGCAGAGAGGUUGAGAGCAGCGGCUUUGCUGCUUGCGCAGCAGGAAAGCGAUCUAGGUAUGGACUAA